AUGGCCAAGAUUCACGCGGACUGCUCGCCGCUCGUGGACACGAAGUGGGUGUGUCUGUGCGUGCGGCUGCGCCUCUUCACACUCUUCGAGCUCCUCCUCGUCUCGUCGCUGCUCGGCCUCCUCGUCUUCGCUCGCCUUCCCCUGCCGUGCACCAACAAGGCCCCUCCAUUGGAUGACCACACUGCGGCGCCUGCAGGCCCGUCGCAGCCCGCGCCAUCGGUCAGUCAGGAGUCCGCCCCGCCUUCCACGCCGCCCAGCGCGCCACAGCGGCAUCCAGAGGACGAUCCAUUGCAGUACCUUCGCCGUUUCGUGUCGCCCGACUUCUACCGCCCGCGCCUCGCCCCGUGGGGCCGCAGCUCCGCCACCACCGGCAAUACCAAGGCCGCGCAGCCCCCGCCAUCGGGGAUUUGCAUCGCGAUACCGUCGGCGCCGCGGUUCGAUCCGGACGGCGAGGAGAAAUCGUGGCAGCGCGUGGAGAACCUGCUGCUGGCGCUCGACGCGCGGCGCGCGCGGGAGAGAGACGGGCUGCUGGAGCGCGCGAUGCGCGUCGUGGUGUAUAGCUCGGGAUGCCGCGUCGACGACCCCGCCAGAAGGGCCGGUGCGGCGAAAAUUGGCGGACCCGGCGGCGCAUCCCCCUCCGCGUUGAUGCGGGCGGCGGCGAUGCUGGCGCGCGAGGCGAACGUGAGCGAGACGUACGCGCGUCCGCUGGUGGGGGCUCUGGCGCAGGACGUGGCGAACGUCAAUCCGCUGGUCGACGCGCACACGGCGGCGAUCCAGGCGGUGGCGGAGCGCAUGGAGCUCCCCGUGGACGUGCUCCCCGCGCACCCCGACGGCUGCGCGCUGCUGGGCGACGCCGGCCGCCUCCUGCGCUCCGCGCCGCGCGAGCACGUGGAACGCGACGGGUGGCAGCGGUGGCGAUGGCACACGAAGCUGUCGAUGGACUUCGCAUACGCCGUGCGACAGUGCCUGGCGACGCGGCCGCGCUACGUGCUGCUGCUGCAGGACGACGCGUUCCCCGCGCGCCUGUGGGACGUGGGGAUCGAGCGGUUCAUGGCGCGCGACCUGCGCGGCAAGGCGCCGUGGGACGUGCUGUCGCUUUACUACCCGCGGUCGUACCGUUGGAACCUGCAGCACGCGCAGGAGUACGACAUCCCCUGCUGCGCGCAGUCGCUGCUCUUCUCCGCCCGCUCCGCCGCGGAGGCGGUGGCGCACGUGGAGCGCGGAGUGACGCGCGCGCCCAUGGAUCUUCUGCUGCACGAGUUCAUUGGCGGCGCGGGGGAGGACGGGCGGCAGAGGCGCGCGUACGUGCACGUGCCGUCGCUGUUCCAGCACACGGGGCGCGUGCGGUCGACGGGGCAGGGGCGCGAGAAGGCGAGCUUCCACGAGGACGUGCAAUUCCCCGACGAGCGCGGCGUCGACGCGCCGUACAGCGCGGAAGAGAAGCUCGCGCUGCUGCGCAGGAAGGCGGGGGAGCGGCGCGCGGAGGGCGCGUACGGGCAGGUGGAGCCUGAUGGGUGGCACGAGUUCCUGGAGAGGCAGCAGCAGGAGCUGGCGCAGCAGAUGGCGGCCGCCGUGCAUGGCGGCGGCGAAAGCGGCGGCGGGGAUGUCGUCGGCGCGCGGAGAUCCGAGAACGAGCAGGGCGGAGGGGCAGCGAGCGGAGAGGAGGCGCGGAGCAGCGGGGAGCGGCGAGGAGCAGGAGGGGGUAAAGAGGAGGCAGGGGUGGAGUUGUCGAGUGUGCAGCAGGUGCCGUGGGAAGGCGAGAGCGCUGAGAGUGUGGGGCUGCGGCCAAAGCUUCGGGCGGAGGUGAGCGGCGACGUGCUGCGGCGGCACUUCCUCAUGAAGGACAUGGUCCUGGCGCCCGCCGUGGCGGACACGAUCAUGGCUCCCGCCCUAGGGCACGCGGAUCGCGCCAUGUUGCAGAGCGCCCAUGUUCUCUCGUUCUCACGCCGCCCUGCAUGCCUCGUCACUCACAGCGCACCCCUCCCUCCUGCCUCGCAGGCGCUGCUCACCCACCUGCGCACGCGUGCUCUGCUCUGCCACCCCGUGCCGCUGCUCGCGCAUGCACUGGCGGAGGGGGCGGACGGCACGGCACCAUCGCCUGCAGGCGCGCUGCCCACCGCGGAGGUGGGCAGACACGCGGGUGUUGCACGGCACGGGCCGGGGGAGGCGGGCAGGGCGGGGCAGAGCAGCACACAGCAGCAGCAGCAGGCGGGGUGGGAGGGCAGGCAGCGUGAGUCAGCAUCGGACCUCUCCUCCCUGCGGGCGUCACUGGCUGCCUCGCGCUCGCCGCACGACUGCUGGAGCCGAACUGAGAUGCACGCUUACAUGCCGCCUGCCCACUCCCCUUCCCCCUCUGCAGCCUUCACCCAUCGUCUGCGCCGCUACCAAGCCAUGCACCGCCGCUGCGCCGCCCACCUCGACUUCAAACGCGGCCUGCCGCCCGCUCAUGCCUUGAGGGCGGUGGUGGCAGCAGGGAGUGCAGAGGGCCAGGCACCAUGUCAGUACCUCUUCUAUCGGGACUCCAUUGCUGGUCAGCCCUGCCCCUCUGCCCCUCUGCUCGCCCUGCUCUGCUUCUGCUGCCACUGCUGCAUCAGCCACAUUUGCACCUUCCGCCACGCCCUCUGCAUCCUCUGCAUCCUCCAUUCGCUCUGCUGCCAUGCCACUAUAGGAACCCAGCUGAGUGGGCAACCACAUACUGGCGUUGGUGUCAGCCUUCACGCUAGCGCUGCUCACCAACCGCACUCUGCUGUUGUCAGCCGCCUGCUUCCCCGCCACCGCCUUCCCCCCUUCUCCCUACAGGAGUGGGCAACCGCAUGCUGGCACUGGUAUCAGCCUUCACGCUCGCUGCUGCUGUCCCCCGCCCUCCCUCUCUCCCUGCAGGAGUGGGCAACCGCACGGGUGGGCAACCGCAUACUGGCGUUGGUGUCGGCCUUCACGCUAGCACUACUCACCAACCGCUCACUGCUGCUCUCCGCCCAUCGCCCUGCAUGUUGCCAUCCUCCCUUCCCCCAUGCCUGCAGGAGUGGGCAACCGCAUACUGGCGCUGAUGUCAGCCUUCACGCUAGCGCUGCUCACCAACCGCACGCUGCUGCUCUCUGCCGCCUCCUUCCCCGCCACUCCAUCCUCCCUUCCCCCCUGCCUGCAGGAGUGGGCAACCGCUACUGGCGCUGGUGUCAGCCUUCACGCUCGCGCUGCUCACCAACUGCACACUGCUGCUCUCCGCCCAUCGCCCUGCAUGUGGCCAUCCUCCCUUCCCCCAUGCCUGCAGGAGUGGGCAACCGCAUAUUGGCGUUGGUGUCAGCCUUCACGCUAGCGCUGCUCACCAACCGCACGCUGCUGCUGUCAGCCGCCUCCUUCCCCGCCACCGCCUUCUGCCAGCCCUUCAAUGGCUCCCACUGGACCAUCCCUGCUGAUCACUUCCAGUGA